AUCUGAAGCACGGGGUCUCUUUCACAGCAACGGUGUUGAGAGGAAAGCGCGCUAUGCUGGUGACCUAACCCUGCAUCUCGUAUACGACUACUUGGCGAUCUAUGAUGGAUGAGGAGACUAUGACAGUGGGGAAGAUCCUGGGGAGGCUCAUCCGCCACGGACAGUACCUCUUGGUGUACCCGUACGCGUACACGGAAGGCAGAGAUCAUAUCUACUCCCCAAUUGAGCUCGGCCUCUUUGACCCCUUCGAGGACCUACGUCUCCCCACACCAGACGGCAUAACACUCCAAGCCUACCUCUUCCGCAAGCCACUCAACUAUUCAUCUAGCUCGAGACUUACUAUCAUAAUGUUCCAUGGGAAUGCAAUGAACCUGGGGGAGUUCACGCACAUUGCGCAGUACUUCGUACGAAGACAGUACAAUGUCCUGGUCAUGUCGUACAGAGGGUAUGCGAAGUCAACAGGGAAGCCCACGCAGAAGGGUCUUCGAAUAGAUGCUCAAACCGCGCUCGACUUCGUCCUUAAUGACGAUCGCCUCAAGCACACUCGUGUCAUCCUAUAUGGCCUCUCCCUCGGUGGUGCCGUCGCCAUCGACCUCGCCAGCAGGAAUUCGGACAGGAUCGCCGGCCUCAUCAUCGAGAACACCUUCCUCUCCCUCCCCGCCGUCGUGCACGACUGGCCCUACCUCGGCCACCUCUCCUGGGCCGUCCACCAGCGCUGGAACUCGGCCGCGCGCAUCAAGCACAUCUCGCGCGACGUGCCGAUAUGCAUGAUGAGCGGGCUGGGGGACACGGUGGUGCCGCCGAAGCAUCUGAAGGGCCUGUGGGAGAUUGCGCAGGGGAGGGGGGUGGUGAAGUGCAAAGAGAAGGGGAAGGGCGUUGGGAAGGACAAGGGGCCGAGUGGUGGUAGGGGGAAGCCGGGGAAGGGAGGAGAUGCGGGGAAGGGAGGCGACGCGGGGAAGGGAGGCGGGAGUGGGUCGAGCUUGACCAGUACCAGCAAGGGAGCGGACGAGGCGGAAGAGGAGACCCCUUUGAAGGACGAGUUCCAUACGUUCCGGUUCGGGCAUCAUCACGACACACACGAACAGCCCGGAUACUGGAAGCGCAUCGACGGCUUCAUGGACAAGAUCAAGGGGCAGAAGACGCGCCCGAUGUCCGGCGUGCCGGCGACAGCGCCGACCGCAACGAAGCGGAGGUCGUGGAAGGUGAUGACUUGGGGGUGAGAGGUGUCAGGAUGAGCGAGGGGUGAGGGGUUGGGGGGAUGGGUGCAAGGAUAAGGGGGGAGGACGUCGGGAUGGCAGGAGGAUGGCGGGAUGACAAAGGUGUCGGCUUGUCGGAUUGCGGACAGUGCAUGCUACUAACAUAGGACUUCGCUAAUGUGUAUAUAGGGUAAUUCAGUGGUCUCGUAUGCUUGACUUCGGCGUC